CCCCCUGCUGUUCGUUGGAACACUGCUGUGCUGUGUGGUCAAGCGAAAUAAGUUGCGGCGAGAGAAAGUAAAGAGGGGUCUUGAAAAGCCCUGCAGUAGAACCUUAUUUACAAAUCGUGCUUGGAUUUAUCCAUAGGCUAUAAAUACUAGACCAUGGAGCAGUUUUAUGGAACGUGGAAGAUCAACCCAGCGGAAAACUCAGGAUUUGAGGAAUUAGGGAAAUGCACUGGGAUGACGGCAGAGCAGGUGACUGCUAUAAACAAGAGAGAAUUCACCAUGCUCAUAGAGGAGAAAGAUGGAGGAUCCCACAGGAUCUGCGUGGACUAUGGCGCUGCUAAGGAUGACAUCGUAUUCAAGCUUGGAGUCCCACAGGAUUACCAAGGAUUGGAUGGGGCAAAAUCAAAGGAGACGACAUUUGCCAAGUACCCGAGUGUGAAAGUUAUCAACAAGAUCUACAGAUGUUAACCCUAACCUUGGCUUAAUGGACUGUAGAAAUAAUAGCUAUGUUUUACGAACCUUAUCCUAACAGACUGAAGGAAUUGAUUACAGAUGUCACCCUAACCCUUGUCUCAGACUGAGGGAAGGGAUCUGUCCUCGUGGUUUUAAGCACCCCACAUAAUUCAGCAAAAUUUGAUCAUAUUUUGUAUAAUUUCUAAUUAUUUUCCUUUAUCAUUUUUUGGUUAAAAUUAACAGAAUCGCAUAGUUUCACAUUUUUGGGCUCUAUAAUUUCAUAACUUUUUUGGGAUAAGACUGCGGGAACAGGAAGGGAUCAAAGAUAUUAACCCUAAUCCUUAUUUCAGAAUGUACAGCUUAUUCAUUAUCACUAACUCCGGGAUGCUUUUUACGUGCUCUGUUUGUCAUGAUCUUCCUUCACUUCACACUUGACAAAUAGAGCAGAUUGUACAUAGAUCGGUCCUCACACUUCCUACUGGUCAGCAAGUGCUGGCUACUUUAGAAUUACAAAGUUCUAUGUGAGAGUCUUGGCCUUUUUGAGUUACUAAGACCGUGAGAUCGGAA